AAGAUUGUUUAGAUCCACUCAGCAGUCCGAAGGAAGUACGGUCAGCACGGCCUAAUUGACUGCGUCCCCAGACUCAUCGAUGGGAAGGGUUGACCGUCUUGAGGAAUUAGUGCCACGACCAUGAGAAGUGCCCGGGUAGUGCUCGAUCCCAUCCUGUAGAAGCGGUACGCCCAUUAGAAGACGAUUCGUGCUCCCUCUCUGCCGCUCAGAUCACGCACUCUGGCCGGGAAGGCAUGUAUCUGGGCUCGUGAAUUCAUGGCAGGUUUCCGAGCAUGGCGUCAUCCUCGAAUUUGACCAACCAUCUGCAUCACCACCAUUCAGCGACCUCCUCCACUUCUUCGUCCAAUUCACAUUGUGACCCGCCGAUCACGGGCUUAAUGAGUCAAUACCUGGAUCGAAGGCGCUACCCGUGGCCAUCGGGCUCGAACCCGGGGCCUUCAUCAGUGGGGGCGAGCGUGUCCGAAUUGGCCUUGAAUCAUGUUAUCGAGAAUGCGGCCAGUUCGGAAAACUCUAUCCACGUGGCGUGUAUUGACGCCAACGGACCUCAAUGGGAACAGCAAUAUUCCAAGUUUAAGUUAUGGAUCUCGGAGUCAUCGGACUCGUACAAACCUGAAUUAGCUCAACUUCUCUUCCCGAUGUUCACCCAUUUGUACCUGGAACUCAUUGUGAACGGAUUAAGUCCCUUGGCGCAAAAGUUUCACAAGAAGCACCAAUCCACAUUCCUGGGAAAUGCGGAAUUCGCAGCUUACAUCCAGCAGCUCCAAAUGGUUCAAACCACUGAGGAUAUCCAAAACAACCUCACCGUGAACGCGUUCAUGUCCUGCAAAUACAGUGUGACCCUAUCCAAUCGGACGUUCCACUACUUGAUGCAUUUCCUUCGUACGUGCGCCCAUCCAAUCCUCAUCCACAUUCUGCGCGGCAAGAUCGACCUCAAAUUGGCCGAUGCGCUGGGAGCCGGCUCCAAAAUGGAAGGCAUCAAACGGGUCCAACACGAAAAGAGUCUGAAGGAUCAAGAUUUUGGCCCACCCCAUACAACCCUUCUCCCCAAGGACAAGGUCAAACUCAAUGAGUCCAUUCCCAGUGUGAGUGACACCAUCAAGGCUGUACGCGACGGAAUCUCGCCCUUGCCCAGUGUCUAUUUGUAUCGCCUGACAUCCAGCCACGCCCAUUUAACCUGCUCCACCUUAUCGUCUGAUGUGCAGUUCCUGGCGGCGGGCUCGGAACACUCGGGUCUGUAUGUGUGGCCUCUCCAACCUUCUUCGACCAAGACUGAUGACUCAAAUGGACCCAUCAAAGACGAGCCUGGUUCAAGCAGUGUCAAUAGUAAUAAUUCUCCUUCAUGGAGCUCUUGCCAGAUCUCUAGUGAAUGUGAGGAACGGACUCGAAGCACCUUUGACUCGAACGGGGCCUCUCGGCUGUUGGGUCACGUGGGUGUGGUGUAUGAUUGUGCCUUCCUGAGGAGGCGUGACCAGCAUUGUUUUCGUGACCAAUACGACGCCUCGGGUGGUGUAAGCAGCCAGUUACCCAGUGAAUAUCUUUUGUCAGCCGGCGAGGACGCCUCAAUGCGAUUAUGGGACCUGAGCUCGGGACAGACCCGCGUUAUCUUCCAGGGUCAUUCCUAUCCGAUUUGGUCCAUGGACAUUGACCGAUUAGGCAUCAACAUUGUGACAGGUUCCAUGGAUCAAACUGCCAAGCUCUGGGAUUUGGAACACACCUUCCCUCUUCGAAUCUAUGCUGGUCAUGAGAAGGACGUGGAUGUGGUCAAGUUUCAUCCGAAUUGCAAUUACUUGGCCACAGGAAGUCUAGAUAAAUCAAUUAGGAUGUGGUCCCACGCAGAUGCUCAAAUGGUACGGGUGUUCAGCGGUCACAAAGGCUCAGUCAUCGCUUUGGCCUUCUCACCGGAUGGAAACUAUUUGGCCGCAGGUGGCGAAGACCGCGAAGUUCGAAUCUGGGACCUGGCCUCGGCUGGCAUCGUCAAAGAGCUGAAAGGUCACAGCGAGGCUGUCCAUGCCUUAGCCUGGUCCCAAGACUCGUCCGUGCUGACCUCGGGUGGUCUGGAUGGAACUAUCCGCCAUUGGGACGUCAAGGGGCCUCUUCGAAUGGGACAGAAUCACGCCACCAGCGCACCCGCCAAUUCGCCUGAAAUGGCGGCUUGUUACCAGACAGAUGUCAGUAUUCAAUCUCUAAGUUAUUCACCUCAUAACACGCUUAUUGCCACCGGACUGCGUACCCCCGGAGCCUGUCCGAUUUUCGACGCGCCCAAUUUGAAGCACGGCGGUUUGGCCAAUGGUGAAGUCUUAUCGUGAUAUGAAAAAGCCGUUUUAGCCACCAUCUGUCUUUGUCGUUAAGGAAUAUUAAACCAAAUUUGAAAAACA